UAGUAAAAGAAUUGUUCGAAAUUGUUAAACAGCCGGACUGAGGUAAUUUUGAAAAAAAAAAAAAUGCAACCCAUUUUUUACCAAUUACUCGUAUAUGUACAUAUAUAUAUAAUAUAAAAAAUUAUUAGAAUUUGUUCAAAACCAAACGCUGAAGCUCGGUGGAAGUUAGAAAAAUCUUUUGGCUUUGCAUCAAUGCAUGUUUGUAAAAUUCCAAAAACUGAAUUCUCUUGCACUCUCAGAAUCAACUUGCGACUCCCAAUUUCCAAUUACUGCUCUUAGUUUUCAGGUCCAUUAUGCGCCAACCUAACUGCUCUCGAAAGAACCAGCAUGCGGUCCUGCUUAAAACUGCAGAAGAUGUAACUGAGACCACACCUGGGGUGGUAGGUGAAGCCACUUCUAACAUGCCUGAAUCUGGUGCGCAGACCUCAAAUGGUAGACCACAGCAGACAAUGGACACAAUUGCUGUUCCAAUUAAUCAGAUCCCAUUAGUAGAAGAGAGAGAAACACUAAUUGAGAGAAUUUAUAAUUUGGGCGCUUCGAAGUUCAACGGUUCUGCUAGUCCUGAUGAUGCCGAGGAGUGGAUACAGAGGCUUGAAGAGAUUUUUGAUAUCAUUGGUUGCUCAGACGAGGAAAAGCUUUCCCUCGCCAGGUUUUUGCUAGAGCAAGAUGCUUUUCAUUGGUGGAAGGGGGUGAGACAUUAUUGCUAUCCUUAUCCAUCAACCAUAACUUGGGGAGAUUUUCGUCGUGAGUUUUAUGAUAAGUAUUUUCCACGUACCUAUCGUGAUGCCAAGCUGAGUGAGUUUUUGCAACUGAAACAAGGAUAUAUGACUGUGAGAGAAUAUGAGGAUAAGUUUAUUUCAUUGGUGAGAUUCGCCCGAGCCUUGGUAGCGAACGAAGUUGAUAUGUGUAGGCGGUUUGAGGACGGCCUUCGAAGGGAUAUUAGGAUGAUAGUUACUGCAGUAGGUUGGACAGAGUUUCGCGGGCUCGUUGAUGCUGCUCAGAGAGUAGAACUGUGUAUUUCUGAUCAUCAAAGCAACCAGGAGCAGCAGCAGCGUAUCGAUAAAAUUAGUGGUCGGCGAGGUUAACAUAAAUUGAUCUCAUGCCAAAGGUAACUGAAGAUCUGUGACAUUCCUUUGGUAGAAAUCUUGACAGACUUUCUCUAGUUGAUUUCAUCAUAAACUGGUCUUUUGUACCUAAGUUGGUAUUUCAUGCUAUUAAGUAUCAAAACCACCUUUGCCUUAUUUCUCCCUUUUAUUACAAGUAAAAUAAGCUUUGGUUGUUAGAGCAGCUGAAACUUGCAUAGGCUAUAUAAUAUAUGCCUAUAUGAUAACAACAUUUGUAAAGGGCAGAAUGUGUAUUCAAGUAAGGUUUCUGUCAAACAUGGAUUCGAAAUUAUAGUCUAUCAUUUUGGUUUCAAAAUUUUAAGUUGUACUUUGUUA